AUGAAUAGGAAAAGAGACGAAAACUCUGAUAUUUAUCCACCGGCAAGUUUAGCACGCGACGGAGUUAGUCCAUAUUAUAUUGGAAAACCAAAACGAAAAAAAUUGGAUAGCUCUGCUAGACUGAAAUCUACGAGUCCUCCACCAAAACUUAUAAUGAGAGAUUCGACAGAAGAAGAAGAUGAGCAAAUUGUUAUAGAAGAAGAUGAUCAUGUUGAUACAACACCAGUCAAAGAGAAAAACAGAAAACCUCUCAAAAAUGCAUCGCUUCGCUCAUUUCUAACUGUCAGACGAGAAUCCUCCGAGUAUUCUGAUGUUCAACAACACACAGCCACUUCAGGACAUGUUGUUGCUGCAUCAGUUUUAUCGAAGACAAGUCAAAACUAUACAGAAGGAGAUGAUUUUCCACCGAGUAGAAAAAAUGUGGCGAAAAAAGUGUUCAAUUUUGCAUCUGAUCCAAAUGUUAGCCGAAUUCGUGAUAAAAUUUGUGAAAUCGUGGAUCCAGUUAGUUCAUGAUUGUGAAGUAUCAGAAGUACAUUACUAUUUUUCAGACUGGUGAACAACGUAGAAAUCCAGAAUUUCUUCAAAGAAUGGCUGAAAAAGCGCAAAAAAGUGCUGAAAUUGUAGCAACUGAACCACACAAAAAAACGAAAAAGACUUCAAAAGGAUCAAAUUGCUCAACAACUUCGAUUUAUCCAAGUUUCACAACUGCAAAUGGACAAGAUGUUCAUAAAUCCAAAUUUGUAAAUCCAAUUGAUUCAGAAGUUUGUUUUCUUCAUUUUCUCUUUGUAAAUUGAAAAAAAUUAUUUUUUUGUCAGAAGCGUGCUAAAAUGGUAGAUUUGAUACGACAACCAAGUCCUCAAAAUCCAAAUAUUCCAUCAAUUGGAUCUCGAAAACCAUCAGUUCCCGAUUUAUCAAAGAAAUCUUCCUUUACGGGUCCAGCAAUUGUGAAAAAAGCAAUGGAAAUGGAUAAUUCGGGCGGAGGAAAAGAUGAAAAUUUGAGUGGAUUGAGAGCCGAACCAUCAUUGAAGCAUUUUGAUGAAAAUAUUAUUUCUCUUAUUGAAUCAGAGGUAAAAUCUGAGAUGAGAUGAGAUCUGAUCUUUUAUUUCUGAAAUAUUACAGAUUAUGUCAAUUAAUACUGAAAUAGGAUGGAAUGAUGUUGCUGGAUUGGAUGGAGCUAAAAAGGCUUUGCGAGAAAUUGUUGUUCUUCCAUUCAAAAGACCGUGAGUUGUUUGCUCAUCUUGAUUUCACUUUAAAAAAAUUAUUUCAGUGAUGUUUUCACUGGAAUUCGUGCUCCUCCAAAAGGUGUCUUAUUAUUCGGACCUCCUGGAACAGGAAAAACGAUGAUUGGUCGUUGUGUUGCUUCACAAUGUCGUGCCACAUUCUUCAAUAUCUCAGCUUCAUCAUUGACUUCAAAAUGGGUUGGAGAAGGCGAGAAAUUGGUUCGCGCACUUUUCGCUGUUGCUCGCCUCAAAUUACCAAGUGUGAUUUUUAUUGAUGAAGUGGAUUCGUUGCUAUCUUCGAGAUCCGAAUCGGAACAUGAAUCAUCGCGAAGAAUAAAAACCGAGUUUUUGGUGCAAUUGGAUGGUGUAAAUACAGCAUCGGAUGAGAGAUUGCUUGUUUUAGGAGCAACUAAUAGGUUAGUUUGAUUUAUUUUUGAAAUGAGGAGGCUGCCAUGUUCCUUUUUAGUAUUUUUCAACAUGACUUAUCAAACUCACUUCACUCGAAAUUAGGCCAUUUUUGAGAAUAUAACAAUUUUGAAAUGGUUUAUUUAUGUUUGAUUUUCCACGUUGUUUUCAAGGGAGUUCACGUUAUAAAACACAUGAAUUAUUCUGCUCAUUUCUAAUUUUUUUUAAACGUUUGGAUUGCCGCAUUUAUUUUCUGCACUAUUUUUUGAAAUGUAGCAAAGACUGUGAGUUAAUUAAAAAAGUAUCGUACGAUUUCUCAUUUUUAUGCAUAGAAUUGAGCUAGUUUUGAUAAUCGGGAAUUCGUAGUGACUGCGAAACCUUUUUUUUGUAAUCUGGAAGGUUUUCUUUUUUAUCGAGCCAAAUUUCAAGAUUUUAGGCUUAAAUUGAUUGCAAUUCAUUUAGUGAGCAUUUAUUCAAUAAAUGCUCACUAAAUGUCUAAAGAAACCGCGAUUUAUUAUUUUUAUCCAUAAAAAUGAGCUAGAAUAGAAAAUCGUGAAUUCGGAGUUACUUCGAAACGACCAUUUCUCAUUUUUAUCCAUAAAAUUAGGCUAGAUUUGAUAAUCGUGAAUUCGUAGUAAAAAUCUGGAAGGUCGUACAAAUCCAAAUUUCUCAUUUUCGACCCACUUCAAAAAUCAAAAUUCGCAGACCUCAAGAAUUGGAUGAAGCCGCUCGUCGUCGAUUCCAAAAACGUCUUUACAUUGCCUUGCCCGAAUCCGAAUCGCGAACAAAAAUCGUGGAGAAUUUAUUGCGCGACACCAAAAACAGUAUUGAUAGUAGAUGUUUGGAGAAAAUCAGCGAAUUGACAAUGGGAUAUUCGGGUGCUGAUAUGAGACAGUUAUGCACAGAAGCUGCGAUGGGUCCGAUAAGAGAUGUUGGAGAUGAUAUUGAAACUAUUCCUAAAGAUGAUGUAAGAAAAUGAAAUCGGAAGACUCCUUCUAAUUCCGAAUGUUUCCAGAUUCGCUCUGUCAAUCUUAGUGAUUUCAUUGCCGCAACUCGUGUUGUUCGUCCAACCGUCGACGAUUCUCAACUUGAUGCAUAUUCAUUGUGGGAUCGAAAAUUCGGUUGCCUGCCUCCUCAGUGA